CGCGCGUGCGCGGUCGUGGUGGAGGAGGCUGCAGCAGUAUGGCAAUGGAACCAGCGGAGCAGCUGAACGAGUUAGUGUCAGCCGACGGCCGGAACCGGAAAGCGGUGCUUUGCCAGCGUUGUGGCUCCCGGGUGUUGCAGCCAGGGACCGCCCUAUUCUCCCGCCGACAGCUUUUCCUUCCCUCCAUGAGAAAGAAGUCAGCUCUGGCUAAAGGUAGCGACCCUGACGGCGAUCUUCUCCAGGACCACUGGCUGGUUAACGACAUGUUCACCUUUGAGAACGUGGGCUUCACCAAGGACGUUGGCAAUGUCAAGUUCCUGGUCUGCGCAGACUGUGAAAUUGGACCCAUUGGCUGGCAUUGCCUAGAUGACAAGAACACUUUCUAUGUGGCCUUAGAGCGGGUUUCCCAUGAGUAACUGGGGGGAUGGAGACUCGCUCUACCCCCAACUAUAAAAGCUUUCUCCACAGAACUGGCAUUGAACCUGGUCUAACUGCUGUGCUGCUGUCUUCUCUGCAGUGCCCUUGAACGUGCAGCUUCCUUCAGGCCUCUUGUUUAGUCACGCUUUGUGUUAGAACAUGUCCCAGCCUCCUAAUUUUGGGACCCUGUCGUACCUCCACAGGUCUAGUCUCGUCACUGGCAACCUGCCUCAGCUAUUUUGCUUUCUUUUUUUAAAUCAUAUUAUUGGUAUACUGGGGGUACAGUGACAUUUACAAAAGUUCUUACAAUAUGUCAUAGUUGAGUUCACUCCCUCUGUCAUCCUCUUUUGUAUGCCCCAGCUCUCUUUUAACCCAGGGCUCCUUUUUAUCAUGCUCUGAAAGAGCAGUAUCCAGCCCUUUAGUCACGAUGACAUAUGACAAAAUGCUCAUGUGCUGAUAGUUGAAACUCCAACUUUUUCUCUCAUUCAAGAAAGCAUAUAAGCAUCUGAGAGUCACUUUGUUGUAUGACUAACCUAGUUAUCCACAGUAAUUUAUUCUUUCUAAAAGUAAAAAAUUUACAGACUUCGGUAUUUAACCACUAAUCAGAAACACCUUACUUUGGCACAUCUCAAAUUCAGUGCCUGAGUCUUUACUUGGGGUUGAUGUUGACAUUUUGUUGUGAAGUGGAACAUGGUCUUUCUUCCCUUUGCAUCUGAUGUGGUUUCUCAUUAUUAGCUUAUCACUGCUAGUCUAUUGAGCAUUAGACUGUCGAUCCCAAGAGAAACUCAGUCCCAGCUGUUUACUAGGCUGUCUUAAAGAGUCAAGGGAUGGACCUCUGCCCAGUGAUAUUGGAGUUUACAGGUCAUUUCAUCUAGCCAGGUGACUUACUUCCUGUGUUCUUAGGAAAAACUGCUUUUGUGGAUAGUGUCAACGUUUACUGAACAUACUGGGCAUGGUCCUCAAGAGUUUUGGUUGGACUGGCAGAGUUGUUCAAGUGGUAGAGUGCCUACCUAGCAAGCAUGAGGCCCUGAGUUCAAACCCCAAUACCGCAAAAACAAAAAAGAGUUUUGGUUUAGAUUUAGUUGGAAUCUCUAUCUCUGUACCAACACAAAAUACAUUUUUUUCUACCAAAAAAUGCCUCUAUUUCUAUUAGUGUGGAGUUGCUUUGACUGUUUAAUGUUAGAAAACUUAGUCUUCAACACAAUUUCCAUGAAUAGUCAGAUCCAUUUCUCUUCUGAAAUGAUUCACCAUCUUAGAAGGAAUUUGUAUAACCAGGUUUCAGGUAACUUCCUAUCCUCCCUUCCUUUGGAGGCCUAAAAUUGAAAUAAGGACUAAAUAGAAACAGUCUCUUCCUUUGUAUGUGUUAGUUACUUCCUUCCUUCACUCCAAAACUUUAAGGGCUCCUCCACUAAAGUACAGGCACUGGGCACAGUUCUGCAACCAAGUUUAUCACCUAGAAAAGUGGCUCCCUUCCCAGUCAGAACCUGAAGAACUGUGUGUUCCAGACACAUGAUCAAAUGCAUAUUAUUAUGACAUUUGCAGAAAAACAAGUGGAAUUAUCCACUCAGGUCAGAAGGCACACAACCAAAUAGAUGUCACUUAGGGGCAUAGGGCCCUCACCUCACAAGACAAAACUGAAGUUUGGCAUUUUUUAAAUUAAACUUUAGCUUUUUUUAAAAUUAAUCAUAGAAAUAGUACAUGUUCAUUGCAAGUAAACUUAAUAAUGGAUAUAAAAAAUUUUUAAUUAACUUAGUUUCCGUCAUACAGGGAUUGCUAGUGGGAAUGUGUUAUAUAUCCGUCUGUGUUUUUCUGUAUAUAUGUAUAUAUAAAUAAUGCAUCUUUUGAAACAAAUAGGAGACCAUACUGUACUUUUAUAACUUGCUUUUUUUCAUUUUACAAACUAGGGUGAACACCUGCCAUGAUAGCAGAUAGUCAUCAUGUAUGUUCUCAGCACUCCACUGUAUGCUAUAUGACCAUUUUUUUCUUCUUGCUAACUAUAAUUUAUUUAAAUCAUCAACUGUUGUGUUGCCUGAAGUUUCUUAUAAAUAAUGACACAACGUGCAACCAUAAAGUUAAAUCUGUCUCACAAUCUCAGUGGAGUGGCUCAAGUGGGAGAGCGUCUGCAUAGCAAGUAUGAGGCCCUGAGUUCAAACAUCAGUACUGCCAAAAAAUAUAUAUAUAUAUAUAUGCAUAUAUGUGUGUGUGUGUGUUGGCGUACAUUAUGAGAAAUGGAAUUGUAGGCUGGGCACACCAUCAAGGCUUUGCUAUAUUGACAUAUUCCUCAGAAAAAGUUGUGUUAAUCUACCAUUCUCCAGUGUUGUAAAAGAAUACUUGUUUUUCUGAUCCCUUACUAACACUGGCUGUUAUUGUUUAGAAAAUAUUUUGCACAGGGACUGGUUGAAGUGGCUCAAGUGUUAGAGUGCUUCUAGCAAGUGUGAAGCCCUGAGUUCAAA